AUGUCUAGCCGGGCGACUCACGAUCCUGAAUAUGUACGCCGAGUCGAAGAUCGAUUGGCUUCUGUCGAAGCACUGCUUGAGACUUUGGUUCCUCAACUAGCAGUGAAAAGACCGGGUUCGCAACAUGUAGAUGACUCGCAAUAUCUCGAUUGCCACGUGGAAUCUGGGGAGGACACGAUAGCUUCCUCAUUGUCACAGCGCCUAUUUGCUGGCAAAGCGUCUUCAAGCAACCCUGACGGGCAUUCAACAAAUGCCAAAGCGGUCGACGACAAGAUUGAUGGCAUGGGCUCAGUCGCUUUUGCCGAUGAGUAUGUGUCGGGUCAUUUUGGUGCUACCUCAUUGUUGGCUCUCUCGAUUAAGAUCAACCAAGCCAUGAAAGAGGCUCUCGCGGAAAUGGGCCAGCCGAAUCUCAUGCCCGACCGCGACGCAACCAACCUGAUUUCUCGGCCACCUUCGCCUUCUGCGUUGGCGGGCGAAAAAUCAGUGUCCCCUCCGAAUUUCGAGCGACUUAAUAUUUUCGGAUUGCCGCAUCGAUCACGCGUCAUGCAGCUGGUAGAUCGCUUUUUCAGCUCUACAGGUCUCAUUUUCCCGUAUAUAUCCAAGAAGGCAGUCUUGGUUCCCUAUGCCAACAUCAAUUCGUCUGAUUCCAGGAACAUACGACAGUCAUGGCUUUGCCUUAUAAACACAAUUAUGGCCUUCGCCACCGUUCUUAGCCAGAGCGCGGAACGGAGAAAAGACGCAAUGGCUGAGGCCAAUUUAUUCUUGCACCGAGCUCUAAAACUUCUGCCUGAUGUGGCUCAACAGCCAGCAAACCUAGAGACACUCCAAGCUUUACUACUCCUUACCCAGUACCUGCAGGGUUCCCAGCGGUCGAUGCAGACAUACAACUUCCAGAGCGUCACUACAAGAGUGGCUUUUCAACUUGGCAUUCACUGCACCACCAGCAGCAGCAAAGACACAAUCAUUGAACGAGAAAUCAAAAAGAGGUGUUGGGCCAUGACAUUCAUUCUAGACAACAGGACUUGUAGCAUGACUUUUGGGCGGCCCCCUGGCAUACGGAAUGAAUAUCUUUCAAUGCAGACUCUCCUACCAGUCGAUGUAGAUGCGGAUGGCCUCGAGCCCGCAAAUUCUUCGCCAAACGUGUUGAGUCUCCAAACACCUACAACAAGCACUGUGUGUUGCUUCAUUGAAUCAGUCAAGCUUUACGAGAUUGUCGGAUCUAUUAUCGAUGACAUAUACCAGAUGAACCUUGUGCGAGAUGUCGACCUGGAAUACAACAUGCUUCUCGAACGAGUCAUAUCUCUUGAAGUCAGACUAGAAGCCUGGAAAGUUAAGCUCCCAUUCCCCCUCCAUAUCCGAACGAGGGACGAAAUUGUCCAAGACCCAGUCGACUCGUCAGAAUAUUCCCGGCUUAGCACCGUCCUAACGCUAAGAUAUCUGAGUACGCGGACUCUUUUGCAUCGAGCGAUCUUGACUCGCUUUCUGGACCAGAAUCACCAGAGGGCAACGGCCACCGGACGGUCCGUCUUCUUGCGGUCAUCGGAAAACAUAUCUCUAGAUCUCAGCGUCUCGUCUGCCAUUGAAAUGAUCGAGAUCCACUACGCCAUGUCCAAGGUCUCUCAGCGAAUGCUCACCACAUGGUGGUUUUCGCUCUAUUACGGUAAGAAUACUGUCCCUUCAUUUGACAUAUGGCACUGA